CCCAGCCUGAAUGGCGAGGACAUGGAGGGACCCAGGUGGAAGCGGGCACGGGGGUCCUGCCAGGGUCCGGAGGAGCAGGCGAUGCCGGCACCGCCCCGGGGGCCGCCCCGUCUCGUCCCAUCCCUCCCAGCCCGUCCCGUUCGCCCGCCGGCCCCGCUUCACUUCGCCUUUCCCGGCGGCUCGGCCGUACCGGGGCCGCUAUAAAGCCGGCGGCGGCUGCCCGGGCCGUGCGGGGAGCGGGGCCGCCCAGGCCUCGGAGGAGACGAGCUCGCUACGGUCCCCUCCGCGGGGAGCGAAGGUGGCGGCGACGCUGCGCGGUCCCUCCGGCACUGACAGCGGGGAGCUGCCGGCUCCACCGGCCCCCGCCGCCCCCUUGGCGCUGCAGGCGGGUCCCCACCUCCUGACCCUGCACCUCCAGAAGCUCCAUCGCCAGCACCGCGCCGAGAUGGGACCCCGGCUCCCCCCGGAGCCCGGCUGGGGCUUGGGAACGCCGCCGCGGGACGCGGGGAGCCGCCUGCCCCCGGCCAAUGGUCCCGGCAUCAUCGACUCGGACUCGGUGGACGAGGAGGUGCUGAGGGCGCUGGUGCUGGAGCUUGGGCUGGACAGGGCGGACGAGCUGCCGGAGCUCUGGCUCGGCCACCACGAGUUCGACUUCCCCGCGGGCUUGCCGGCCGGCUGCUGAGGCCCUAGGGCGGCUGGGGCGGGGGGCUCCCUCGCCGCCCCACCAGGGACCCGCGGGCCGGUGCCGCUGGGCGCGGUGCCACCCCGGCUGGGCCACGGAGGGUGGGGGGCGCAGGGAGCGGGGAACGAGCCGCCCUCGGGGCUGAGGGAGC